GCGUUCAUCACGCUUGGCAUAGCAUUAAUCUUAACCGACUAAAUCGUCGUGUUGCUUACAUUCUAAGUCAUCUCUUGUUUGAAGCAUCGAAUCGAAGAAAAGAAAAAGUACUAAAUCUCGUAGUAAAGCAAAGACUUGGGUUGAAUGUUUAUAAAAUUUAGCCAGAAGGAGCGUACUAUCGAGCUGCAUAUAUCUGUCCUCUUUGGCAUUGUCAUAUAUUUGGGUUUUUUUGAAUACCCGGUAUAGAGUUCUGAAAUGGGUGGUUCUCACAGUAGGCUGGACGAGCUAGAAAGCUCGAGUUCUGAAGGCGAGGAAGAAACCAGUUCCUCUGUUGGUUCUGAAUCUAGCAGCCACAGAUCGAAUGCCGCGGCCUCCGAGUUAGGUGCAAAGCUCAAAUCGCUCUCUGUGGACAACGCCCAGGUAGGUAACAGUUCCCAACAGGUUAAAUUAUAUAAGCAUAUUGGGGGAAACGCAGCCAGUGCAAAAUGGGUAGUUGCAGAUAAAGUGGCUAGUUAUAGAUUUUUCAGAGAAGGGGAUGAUGAUGAUGAAGAGGGUACAGAUGAAGAGGAAGAGGACUGGAGGGUGGAUAGAGCUAAAGGGGGUUUUAGGAGUUGGGUGCUUAAUGUGGGCAACAAGGUGAAGGGAAGAGUGGAUGAUAGGCUGCAGAUGAGAUUUUGUGAUGAACAGCUAAGGGCUGAUUUUGUGAAUCAGGGGGUUUGGGCUGUGAAGUUUCUCAGUCCAGAAGGAUACAGGAAUUUUGUUGUCGGGUUUCAAAAUUGUUUGUUUGAGAAUACUUACUUGCUUGAGGCUACCGAGGAGAAUAAGGUUAAGGUAUUUGGGAAGGAUUUUAUGGGGUGGGCUAAUCCUGAGGCUGCUGACGACUCUGUUUGGGAGGAUGCAGAGGAGAGCUUGGGGGAGGAAGAGGAGAAGAAGAAGACGAGGGAUUUGAGAGAGGAGUACGAAGAAGCUGUCACUGGUGGGAUCCAAAGUUUGACAAUAGGUGGCCUGGAUCAUAGCUUUUUGGUCAACGAGUUUGGGAUUGAGGCGGUGAAGAAUUCUCCUCAAGGGCUACACGGCAAGGGGGUAGCUGUUAAGUUUAGGAAGCGUGAAUUGGGUGGCGGUGGUGGUGGGGAAGCUUAUUUUUCUACACCAAAAAAGGGCAUGCUUAUGAAAGCAGAGACCAAUAUGAUUCUGAUGAGUCCCGCAAAGCAGGGCAUGCCUCAUGCUACCGGAGUUCAUCACUUGGAUAUUGAAACAGGUAAGGUUGUGACAGAAUGGAAGUUUGAGAAGGAUGGGACUCCUAUUACAAUGAGGGAUGUCACUAAUGAUAACAAGGGUGCACAGUUGGAUCCAUCGGAGUCAACCUUCCUGGGGCUUGACGACAAUAGGCUGUGUAGGUGGGAUAUGCGGGACAGGAUUGGAAAUGUCCAACAGAUCAAUAGCCCUGUAUUAGGUUGGAAUGAGGGUCACCAGUUUUCACGAGGGACUAAUUUCCAGUGCUUUGCAUCUUCGGGAGAUGGGUGUAUCGUGGUUGGAUCCAGUGAUGGAAAGAUCCGUUUGUAUGGGAAGACAUCUAUGAGACAGGCUAAAACAGCUUUUCCGGGACUCGGGUCGCCUAUCACACAUGUUGAUGUUACUUAUGAUGGGAAAUGGAUUCUUGGAACCACUGAUACUUAUCUAAUUCUUAUCAGUACCGUCUUCACAGACAAAGAUGGGAAGGCAAAGACAGGUUUCACUGGUCGGAUGGGGAACAGGAUUGCAGCACCAAGACUGCUUAAGCUUACUCCUGUACAUGCACAUAUUGCUGGAAAAAAGAACAAGCUGCAUGGAGGCCAGUUUUCUUGGGUUACUGAUAGUGGGAGGCAAGAGCGCCAUCUUGUUGCUAGCAUUGGCAAUUUUUCUGUUGUCUGGAAUUUCAAACAAGUUAAGAACAGUAAUCAUGAGUGUUACAGAACACAGGAGGGGUUAAAAUGCUGUUAUUGCUAUAAGAUUGUUCCAAAAGAUGAAUCCAUAGUGGAUAGCAGAUUCAUGCAUGAUAACUAUGCUAUUACUAAUUCUCCAGAGGCUCCACUUGUGGUUGCAACCCCAAUGAAAGUAAGCUCUUUUAGCUUAGCACCUGAGCAAUAACAUAUACUAGCGCAUUUUAUGUACAUUUGAUGACCAAACAAAAGCAUCUGACUAAGCACUUUAUGUAUAUUUGAUGACCAAGCAAAAGUGUAGUAACUUAUGUGAUGACUUCAAACAAAUUCCUGACCAAACCUGUAGUUUGACUUUAAGAGAAUAUAAUAAUUGUUGUAACAUUAUAUAUACAUAUUUAAUUACAUUUGUUA